AUGAAAUUCGCCAAAGAAUUGGAACACGACCUGGUUCCAGAAUGGCGUGCAAAGUAUCUGGACUACAAGCAAGGGAAGAAAAAGCUCAAAGCCAUUUCACGCGCACUUCAGAAAUCCACCCGCAGUCCGAGCCAUACCUCGCUUCGACGAGACGAGACGUUUAGUUCCCUUCACGGUCCUCAAUCUCCGCCUUCGCAUCCCCCCGGCAAACCUCUCGAAGCCACCGACCCCGCCUACAAUGCAUCAACACCGCCGAGAAGCCGUGCUCUCACCUCACCGUCUCCGGGCCCGCGCAACGAACGCCAACCAUUACGGGUCCCUGGUUCUCGGUUCUCGGCCAGCAACGUAGGAACAUACGGGAGCAUUGUUGCGACGCCGCCUGGUCAUCCCGCCUCAUCAGACGUGGCAUCCCUCCAACUGCCCGAUCCUGCCAUUGACCCGAAAGACCCAAGCUACUCCCCCCGCCCCAACUCUGAGCGGAGCCAUGCGCCGCAAACCCCCUCCCCUGUUGUUUCCCGGCAGGACAGCACACGAACGGUGCCCCCAGGGACCCCGUACCGGAGUCUCUCAUCAAGACAGUCGGAUACAGACCGGAGAACCAAACGGAAUACCAUCUCCGGUUCGUCGACGAAGCGCACCUCGCAGCUGUUGAAGCGCGUCUUCUCGCACACGGAUGCGGAUUCUCCCGAGAAGCGGGACCCAACGGCCCAACCUCUGUCGGAAUUCGAGCGACGGCAGGAUGAGUUCUUUUCUUUUCUCGACAGCGAACUCAAUAAGAUCGAGACCUUCUACCAGAUGAAAGAGGAGGAAGCCGCCGAGCGGUUGAAAGUUUUGCGGCAACAGUUACACAUCAUGCGGGACCAACGGAUCCAGGAGGUCAUAGGCCGCAAGAAGCUUCGUCCGCAGGACCGAAAGUCCCAACACACUGACGGUCUCGGUGGGAUCACUGGUGCUCGUUUGAAGGAGACGUUCCUCGGGCGUCGAUUCGGAAAGAACUCCGAGGCGAUGGCACAAUUGGGGACACCCGGCCCGCCUCAGGGAAACGACGCCAACAUCGUGAAUCGCCGGGACUUCAGCCGCCGACCAGACGAACCUACCAACUCGGACGUGCCGUACCGCUCCGCCAAGAAGAAACUCAAGCAUGCACUCCAGGAGUUUUACCGCGGGCUGGAACUGCUCAAGGCGUACGCCUAUCUCAACCGGACGGCGUUUCGAAAGAUCAAUAAGAAGUAUGACAAGGUGGUCAAUGCCCGUCCUCCUAUGAGGUACAUGUCCGAGAAGGUCAACAAGGCGUGGUUCGUGCAGAGCGAAGUGGUCGAGAACCUGAUGUCGGCGGCGGAAGACUUGUAUGCUCGGUAUUUCGAACGGGGAAACCGCAAGAUCGCCGUUUCGAAGCUCCGCAACACCAUCAACAAGUCUGGGGACUAUUCUCAGAACACCUUCCGCGCUGGCCUGCUGCUGAUGGCUGGCGUUCUUUUUGGCAUUCAAGCGUUGAUUUACGCGGCACAGCAUUUCCAUCAUCCUGAUCCGGCCGUACGUGUCCAUACCAGCUAUCUACUUCAGACAUGCCCUGGACUGCCGGCAGUUGACCGAGGUCUCUUCAUGUGGCUCAAUUUCCUGUCGGUCAAUGCCAUGUAUGUUUAUUGGCCCGUGGUCCUGAUAGGAUUGACGGUGAUAAUUCUGUUUCUCCCGGCCCGUGUCUUGUAUCAUCGCAGCCGGAAGUGGUGGGCCUAUUCCAAUUGGCGUCUCCUGCUGGCGGGACUGUAUCCCGUUGAAUUUCGGGAUUUCUUCCUCGGGGAUAUGUACUGUUCCCAGACAUACGCCAUGGGCAACAUCGCGCUGUUCUUCUGCCUUUAUGCCAAGCACUGGACAGAGAGCCCCAAGUGCAAUUCGUCCCAUUCCCGGCUUCUAGGGUUCUUCACUACCCUCCCAUCUAUUUGGAGAGCGCUGCAGUGCAUCCGACGAUACGCAGACACGAAGAAUGUUUUUCCUCAUCUCUUGAAUUUUGGCAAGUACAUGUUCGGUGUGCUGUACUAUGCAACCCUGAGUAUGUACCGCAUCGACCGCGUGACCCGGUUCGAGGCGCCUUUCAUCACCUUCGCCCUACUGAACGCGGUUUAUACUUCCGUGUGGGAUCUGGCCAUGGACUGGAGUCUGGGGAACCCUUAUGCCAAGCAUCCCCUUCUCCGCGAUGCACUGGCCUUUCGCAAAGCCUGGGUCUACUACGCAGCCAUGGUGAUCGAUGUCGUCGUGCGUUUCAACUGGAUCUUCUACGCCAUCUUCGCCCAUGACAUUCAACACUCGGCCGUGUUGAGCUUCGUGGUUUCGCUCUCGGAGAUCUGCCGCCGAGGCAUCUGGACCAUUUUCCGGGUUGAGAACGAACAUUGUACAAAUGUCCUUCUCUUUCGCGCCUCGAGAGAUGUCCCUCUACCGUAUGCCAUUUCCGAACCGCACAUGGAACCCGAGUACCCCGUUGCCGAUGUACAGCUGCAAGACCAACAGGCCCCCACACCUCAGGCCACCGCGGUUGAUAUCGAACACGGCACGCCUCCCACACCUGGUGCGUCUCUUCGCGCCCGCGGUCUGUCCCGGGUCGGAAACAUCAUGGCCGCUGCGCAUGCACAGGACUUCCAGCGCAGGAAACAACCUGGUCAGAUCAAUGGCGCUGUCGCGCAGAUGCCGACGGAUACACCCGAUGAUUCAAGCGACGAUGACGAUGACACUGGUGUACCGAGGGGGUACAGCAGUGAUACGAAUAAUGCCAUUGAUGAAGAGCUCCCGUAUAGAGAUUCGCAUAGCAAUUCUGAUUAA